GUCUAAUGGACACGCCUCUAAGGGUUUAUUACCUCGAGGAUGACAUUUUGUUCCCUACCAUUGACCGUGUCACUUAUACUUGGUAGAGAUAGUAGUACCGUAGAGUUGGCAAGUAUGGAAGUAUUACUGUAGUGAUUAGUAGUAUUAGCAAGAUGACUUCUAUAAAAAAGAUUCCUAGUGUAUUAGGAACAAGAAGAAGCAAUACCUUGGACCAAGAACGGGACCAAUUCGAGAGAUCACAGGAGGCCAGUUUUCGCAAAGCUGUCAAUGAUGAAGAAGUUCCCGUUAAAAUGAAACAUGUGCGAAAUCUCAUUAUUGGUACAUUCACUGACAAGAAUGCAGAGCUUCUAUGGAGGAAUGUUGCUGUAUGUCCCCCAAUCAGUACAGAUGUUACAGCUUGGAAGUUUUGUCAUUGCCUUCAUGUUGUCUUCCGUGAUGGUCACCCUAGAGUGCUUCGUGAUUCUCACCAACAUAUUAGUCGAAUCAAAGAUACAGGACAGCACUUUCGGCACCUUACCCAUGGCUAUGGACGGCUGAUCACUCGAUACUGUGAGCUGCUGAUUGCAAAGUUAAAAUUCCACCAACUUUACCCUAGAUUUCCUGGUUCAUUGUCUGUGACCCCUGAGGAACUAGAAGCCCUUGCAGAGAAUGAUGCCAAUAAUUAUUUUGAGUUAGCAGUUGAAUUGCUGGAGUACAUGGAAUGUAUAUUAAAUCUGUAUGAUGCAGUGUUUGCGUCUUUGGAUCCAUCACGUGCCAACUCCAUGACUCGUUCUGGUCAGUGUCGCUUAGCUCCUUUGAUCCCAUGCAUUCAAGAUUCCUCAUGCCUUUAUGAUUGUACUGUAAGGAUCCUAUUUCAACUCCACAAAGCUUUGCCCACGGAUAUGCUGAGUGGCCAUCGCACAAGGUUCUACAAACAGUUUAAGCAGCUUCAGCAAUUUUAUAACAACACCCGAAAUCUUCAGUACUUCAAGGGGCUGAUUCAAGUGCCAGCCUUACCUGAGGAUGCUCCAAACUUCCUGGUUGAAGCAGAAUUGCGGAGUCAUGAAACACCUGUGGUGGUGGUAGAGGAACAGCCAGAAACUGCUGAUACAUUAGACACACUCCUUAUUGAUACCUCAGAGCCAGAGCCACCACCUAUACCACCACAUCCUGAUAUUAUUGAUUCUCACAAUGGGUCCCUGGCUGAAGUAGUUGCAGAACGGGAGUCGCUUAUUGAAGCUCUCCAUGGGGAAUUAGAGGCCAUGCGUAUUGAGGUGCAGCAGUCACGUUCACAUGCUACACAUAAUGAAGAGCAACUCAGACUCCGCAUCAAUGACCUUGAGUCCACAAUUGCUGAACUGGAUAGUGAACUCUUGGCUGAGAGACAUAGUAAGGAAUCAAUCAUUGCACAAGUAGAGGCCGCAGCAGCAAGUGCAGAAGCUGUUACAAAAUUGGCUGAUGAGGAAACAAGAAGACGUUCAGCGGAGGAAAAAUUUGUCAAGAUGAAGGAUGUUUAUCAGAAGCUGCGUGAUGAGCAUAUAAAUCUUAUCAGAGGGAAAGCCGAGUUAGAUAAACAACUAUCUGUGGAGCGAGAAGCACACACAUCCACCCAGCGGUCAAGGGGUGAGCUCGCAGCUGCAUUAAAUAAACUCCAAUCACAGGUGGCACAGGACACACAGACUCAUCGUAAUCAGUCCCAGAUGGCUGAGCAGGAAGUACAGUUAUUAAAUGAAGGAAUAUUAGCAGUUACUGCAGAAAGGGACCGAAUGAUUGGCCAGGUGAAACACCUACAGGAUAGUGUAUCACAACUUAAUAACCAAAUGGAAACUCAAGCUCAGCAAGCUGCUUCCCAGCUGAUGGUUGUCCAAUAUGAGUGGGAAGGUGGUAUUCACAAAAGUGUUGAAGGAGCUGUAGAUGGAGGAUUGAUUGUAGUGACUCAUGCUCUCUCCCACUUUGAUCUCAAUGCUCAUGCAGAGGUGAAAUGCACACCAGAAUACACCUUGGUCUACCAGACAUUGGUCAUGGAUGCUGUGACAAACCUGUGGAGUUCAUAUGAGUCGUAUGUUGGCAGUUUCCACACAGCGCCCAACCUCAUAUUCGCUAUUACUACAGCUUCACAUUACAUUGCUUCUUUCCUUUUAUAUGCCAAAGCAUCAUCACAUGCAAGCCCAAAUAUUGAAUAUGCAGAAAAUCUUGUUGUUGCUCUGGAGGAAUUUGCCAAGACAUUUACUGACACCUUUAGCCAGAUAAGAUUAAGACAAGUUCUGGCUGAUGUUCAGACAACCAAGGAACAAUUUCAAAGGUGUUGCUCACUGGUUUCUCUAUGUGAAGACCAAAGCCCUGGAGUAGAAGAUAUGGUUUCUGUAGUGCAGCGAGAAAUGGAUAAUAUGGAUUCUGCCAUUAGAGAUGCUGUGGAAAAGUUUACUGCAAUGUUGGAAAAUUCAAGGGCUACAGACAGUGGCACCCAGCUAGAGGUAAAUGAGAGCAUCCUUGGGACAUGCAGUGAGUUAAUGGCAGCAGUUCGAUUGUUAGUCCAGAGAGGAGCAGAACUACAAAAAGAAAUAGUAGAUGCUGGGAAGGGAGGAUCAUCCCCCCGAGAAUUUUAUAAGCGCAAUCACCGCUGGACGGAGGGACUACUCUCGGGUGCCAAAACUGUUGCGAUUGCAUGUCAAGCUCUCAUGACGGCAGCUGAUCAAGUUGUUAGUGGCAAGGGCAAAUUUGAAGAAGUGAUAGUAGCUUCCCGUGAAAUUGCUGCAUCCUCCAUGCAGCUGGUUAUGGCUUCAAGAGUGAAAGCUGACAAAUCUAGUUUGAAGUUAACCAACCUCAAAGCAGCAGCAAAGACAAUAUCAACAUUGACGGGUACUGUUGUUGCAACAGCUGAAAACUGCCGUGAUAAGGUUGUAAUGGCUGGUACAUUGGAUUUCUCAAAGUUGAGUUUGCAUCAUACUAAGAGAAUGGAGAUGGAGACUCUUGUUAAGGUCUUGGAGACAGAAAAGCAGCUUGACACAGAACGCUCCAAACUUUCAGAGUUACGUAAACAUCACUACAGGCUCGCAGGAGAAAUAGAGGGUUGGGAAAAGGAGGAUCUGAGCUGAGCACCCCAUACCCCUACCACACCUCAUUUUGGGUAACAUACAAAAAAUAUAUAGCAUAUAAUGCAGAUUCUAUACAAUUGUUAAAGUUUACACUGCUCUUAACAACAAGCUUUUUAACUUAUGCCUCCUUUAACAAUUUAACCCAUGUAAGUUUACCAAUUGUUCAUUUGAUUUAUUGUACUUUCAAUUGGUCAAAUUUUGUCAAAUCUUUCUUUUAGUAUGAACAUUUUUUGAUCAAUCAGUCUCUUACAUUUUUAAAAACACAUUCUUCCCUUUCACAAUAUUUUAUUCUUAAUCAAGUACAUUAGCACUAAAUAUAAGUGAGUUUUUUCCAAAAAUACUUUUCUUUGCAAUUUCUUAAUUAUACAAGUACAGUAAUCCUCAGUCAUAUCUAACUUAACUAUAUUAGCGUCGGCUAUAUCAUGAAUUAUACAACUUCUACCACGUGUGUGUUCACAUCUCUAGUACAUUUCUUAGGUCUCGAGUCCAUUUGUUGCACCAUCAUUAUUUUCUCAUGUUCCCUUUUAUUAUUAUUUAUCCUUACUCUUAAUAUUCUUGAAAUCCCCCCAAAUUUCCAUCCAUUCUCUUCCUUAAUGUUCAUAUCUACAGAAGAAUGUUGAUGAUUUGUACUAAUCAUGGAGAAGUGAAAAGAGGAAGUGGGUUCCAUAGGCAUGCCUGCCCAUAAGGGAUGGUGUGUUUACAGAGUAUUGUAUACUGUACUAAGCUUUCGGUAAGCCAGGUGGUCACGUGUCCAGCACUGCACUACCACUUUCAUUUCCUUAACUUUUAAAGUUUGGUACCUAUAUAUAGCCGAGUAGUAGCACUGGGAUGAAAUCAGUAACCCUUAGGAUAGUAUUGUAUCCAUUUUGGCAUUUGCAUUCCUUAAUCAUGAGAAUGGGGAGGGCCAAAAAAUGUGUGGCUCUGAAAAUUGCAAUUAUGUUAACCUUAGUUUAAAAUGCCCUGUGUAUUUUUAACAUUUUACAAACAUUGAAGUGCUAUAAUGUACAUUAAACUCUUCUUAAUUGUAUAGACAGGUAAUCCUCACGCUGUGAAAUGGAUGCAUUGUAUGGAAGUGGUAUAAAAUAGAAGAAUUCCUAGUGAAAGAUUUUCUCAUAAGCAUAGUGUUGUAGAUGGAAGAAGUUAUCCUCGACAUUUUUGUACACCCUACAUAAUCAGAACAGAACAUCGGUAAUUGUAUGAUUAAAUGAAAAUUUACCAUAAAUACUUGUACAUUAAAAUGAAAAAAAAAAAAAGUAAAUUUGGACAUCAUAAUGCAUGAUUUUAUCACAUUCCAGAAACUGUUCAUGGAUUCCCCCCCCCCCCACAGAGGGACGGACACUAGUGUGUACCUCCUCUCUAAACUAUACACAACCCAGACCUCUGACCAACUAACAUAGGGACACUCCCAGACACAUGUGUCAGCACCAGUGCAUCUCCCGAUGAUAUGAAAAAUAAAAAAAAAUUUAAGUAACAUAUAAGGGUUCUUGUUCAUACAGUGGAGUAUUGAUAAUUUAUGGGUUAGGUAGCUUGUAAAGUACUAAAAAAUGUGCACCAGGGAUAUUUAAAAUCUGAGGGAAUAAUUUGGAAUCUUCAGAAAAUUUAAUUUUCAAUUUCCCUUCCCCAGGUUAGUGUAUUUGGUCAAUUUUCUGCAGUAAUAUUCUCUCUCUCAGAUAUUACCACCUUACUUUCUUUUUCAUAUCAAACUUUCUCUCCAUAAGAAUUUAUUGGAGAACACCUGAUUCCUUCAUCAGCUCUGCUUUGUAUGUACAGUAUAACUCAGUCCUUGAUUUUUAUUACUGUACAGUAUGUCAUAGAUAGUUUAUUUUAUUUUUUAUUAUUAAUUUAUAAUUUUAUUUUAUGUAUUCCAUUUUCAUGCCUUACCAUCAGUGUAUAUAUUGAAUAAUCAUGCUGACAUUGGUGAUACUGCCCUGAGUUCACUAUGAAUAUAAAUACUAACUGUAUGUUCCAUGAAACUUAAUACUGUACUGUACUGUACUGUACAUGCCCUGCAUUAUAUAGAUGUUUAGUCCUGCUAAAAUUAACCUCACUCUGUACAUGCUCAUUACAUAUCAUAAGUCAAUUUUGUACACUCUUCAGAUCCACAAGUGUUACAUGCAUUCUCCCAUUCUUUUUCCUUUUGGGAGAAAUUUGCAUAUUGUAUGACUGCCACAUGUAACUUCCUCAGUCUUGUUACCACUGCCUUAUCCCCUCUUCCCACACUCUAUUACCAGUGUUUCUUUAUAGGUCAUUUAUGCACUUAUGUCUUUAGUUUUUCCCUUAAUUGAUGUUGGAAUCAUCAUUGCAGGUGAAAACCAAAUAAGAUGCCAAUGAGGGAAUCCAUAGUUAUUUGCAUCACCUAAUACAGUAUGCAGUAGGAAAGUGCUAUAAAAAUCCAGUUGUUUUUAUGAAUAGUUUUUUAUAACUGAUAAAGAAAAUAAAUAGUUAAGAAAUUCUCAUUAUGUUUUGCAACUACUACAGUCUAAUGUGCAAUACUUUGUUGUUAAUGGCAUAAAAAUAUUGUGAUAGAUGGUUAUUUCAUACAUAUUUCCAAUGUUAUUUGUUGUUAUUGGCUUAAGAAAUGCAUUAUAGUCACAUAGAUUAUUUCACAAGAUAAAAGUGUAAAGUAGA